GCUUCGGCGAAAGGCUUCGACGAGCGGGAAAGACACAUCGCGAUUUCACGAGUCGUUGAAAACAAUACCGGCGCACGGUGCCGACACGAAGCGCAAAUGCGGGAAGCAAUCUGCGACAUCAAGUUCUGGCUGCUGUUCAGCACAGUGUUCUUGAUACUGUAAUGAUAGCGAACGGCCCUGGGUCUAGCUUCUUUCCAAUCAUCAUCAGCGGCUUUGGCUUCAGUCGACUCAACCCACUACUGCUGACACUCCCUGCCGGCAUCGUCAUCGGCACGAUCGAGCUUGGGGUGCCAUACAUUGCCUGUCGUGUUGACAACAUUCGAGCAUGGCUGAUUGUCAUCUGCCAGUGCGGCACGAUCGCGGCUUCAUUGCUGCCGUGGCUCUUACCUAGAGACGAGAAAAGCGACUUGCUCUUUGCUUGCUACAUUCUCGCGUCAUACAGCGGCGGAUACGUGGUGUUGAUGGGCCUGCAGGUCGCGAACACGGCAGGACACACGAAGCGAUCGGCCACAUCUGCAGGCAUGUUUGUAGGACACUGUCUUGGGAAUGUUAUGGGUCCGAUGUUGUUCAAACCUGAGGAUGCACCCACAUACGCGCCAGGAUUCAUCGCGGUGCUGGCGACUUCGUCAGCGGCUGCACUGCUCGCUAGAGUGUACCGCUCCCUUUGCAUUCGAGACAACUGCCAUCACGACGGAAGUGGCACGCAAAAGUGCGCCAAACGUACCCUCGAUGAUGUUGGGGACAGAAAGAAACGCCAGUUCAAAUACGUUUUCUAGUCGUACUUUGAGGUGUACCGCAGCUUCAUAGAAGUAGUGUCCAGUUCCUACAAUGUCAAAACCUCCGCCCUACAGGGUACUAUGUCGGACAACUCAGGUAACGAUGACACGCAGAGAACAAAUAGAAGGGAUGAAAAAGGUCAGAUUGUAAUCCCAGCGCUUGAUCUGGGUCACGGAACACACAGCUUCUCACCACAGCGUAUUGUCAUGGCGUCAUUCACUUGGUUGUUUCCUGUGUCGCUGACAGAUCGACUGGCAAUAUUGUGACUGGAGGG